UAUAAGUUGCCCUACGAUCCCAUACAGCAAUGUCUAUUGCAACUUCCGGUAGUUUCUUCAUCAUUGGCGCUAACCGCACGUAACAUUAUACAUGGCAGUCUUCCCUCUUAUAAAAUUGGUGACAUUGAGUAUCAGACAGCUAAGUAAACCUAUUGCCAACCAAAUCAAAAUUAGAGCCAAGAACCACGAAAAGUUUAGAGGACUGCUGAAAUGGGGAGCUCAAAAAUACCACCGCAUUGAAACUACCUCCAAGUUGAAGUUAAUGGGAAUCAAAAGCACCAAAGAAGUGAAACCGUUGAAUGAAGAAAUGGCCGUAGAACUUGGGGCAGACAUGCUGGGGGAAAUAUUUAUAUGGAGUGUAGCUGUAGCUAUGAUUGGUCUGGAGAGUUACAGACAGAGCAGCAAGAGCACGGCCAGUAGGGAAGCUGUGAGAGAAGACUUGGAAGAUCAAAUACAGGCACUGGAGUUUAAACUUGAAGAACAGGAUACUAAAAUUAGGGAACUGAUGAGACUUUCUCAUCAUCUUGAAACCGAGUUAACCACUAUGAAUAAAACAUUGACAGAUGUUGAAAGAAAUACCAGAGCAGCCAGUAAAACUGCAAAAGUGAAAACUGCUAAGAAACCUAAAAAGGUCACUUCAAGUUCUCUUGCAAGGCAAAGUUCAGUAUCACAUGCUGUUGAUGGAGCUAUAAGUUCACUAUUUGGAAAGUCUUAGCAAAGGGUGACAGAAUAUUGAAUUUUGAAUUAUCAAGCAUGGAAGCAAGCAAAGAAUACAGUAAGUGUGUACACUU